AUGUUUUGGAAGCAAAUCAGAAUCCAGACUUCACUCUCUUUCAGGAGAUUUCUAUUUUCCCCCCAUUUCUCAGGUCAGCCUCAGUUGAUCGGUUCAUCUCGGCCAAUCGUGGUCUCUCUGGGUGAUGACAUCAUCCUGCCGUGUCGUGUGGAGCCUCUGCUCAACCUGGAGGACCUGACGGUGGAGUGGUGGCGUCCCGACCUCCCGCGUGACCCCGAAGAUCCACUGAGUCCGUACAAGCAUGUUCACCGUUACCGUGACAACCACGAUGUAGAGGACAUGAAGAUGUCGUCAUACGCUGGGAGGACGACGCUGUUCAAAGACGAGCUGAAACACGGAAACGCUUCACUCAAGAUCCUCAACGUGAAGCUCUCUGACCAAGGAAGCUACAGAUGUUUCAUCCCACAGCUGGGGAGGGCUACGAUUAUUAGGAUUGUUGUCGAUCCAGACACUGUUAAAACCUGGACAACAGAGACGCCGCUGCUUCCCAGAAAUCUCCAAACUCCAGAUCCAAAGGUGGAGACGGAUGUUAAAGGUGGUCGAUCCCAUCAGGGCGUUUGGAUCCCAGCUGUGGUUUUCGGUGUCUUACUUGUCCUGGGAGUCUGUGGUGGCGUCGCUGGAUAUGUGAUUAAACACAAGCCUCAAAAACUAAAUAUCAGGGAUUCAGACCAGCAUCACCUCCAGCCAGAAGUGGAUCCACUGGAUCAGCAGGAGGGAGCUCUUCAUGAUGGACACAGAUUACCAUCAGAAGGAACAUUAACGAUGUUGAAGGAGACUUUAAACUAGCGACAGAGACAAUGAACUGAAUAGUAAAGUGUUUACUGAGGGAAUAUAUCAGUUGAGAAGUAGGCUCACUUUCUCACUGACUUCAAUACAAUCUAACUUUUGAGAUUUAGUUUUUUAAGAGAGAGACUUUAUAUUUAUUUUUUAUAGUUUGCUCAAACUUCAUCUUCAGCUCUUGCAGCCUCUCUGGCAGCCAGAGAUGACAGCUAUUUCACCUCAAAGCAACACAUGAUGGACAACAAAGACGACAGAAGUGGUGGUGAUGGAGCAGUGGAUAAGACGCAUGCC